UGGAGGUUUUACGACAUGCACAGAGCUGUGCAGCCAUCAGGACGAGCUAAUUCAAAGCAAGGUUACGACCACAGAGUUUCGUUGCACCGGAAAGGAAGAGGUUCUCUUCCGUCGCAGAGUUUCGCCAUGGCCCGGGGCCCCAAGAAGCACUUGAAGCGUGUUGCAGCGCCGAAGCAUUGGAUGCUUGACAAACUAACGGGUGUAUUUGCACCUCGUCCAUCGACAGGUCCCCACAAGCUGAGGGAAUGUCUUCCCCUAAUCAUCUUCCUCAGGAACAGACUCAAGUAUGCAUUGACUGGAGAUGAGGUAAAGAAGAUAUGCAUGCAACGCUUCGUCAAAAUUGAUGGCAAGGUUCGAGUGGAUGUCACAUACCCUGCUGGAUUCAUGGAUGUCAUCAGCAUUGAGAAGACAGGUGAACAUUUCCGCCUGGUCUAUGACACCAAGGGCCGUUUUGCCGUUCACCGCAUCACAGUGGAAGAGGCAAAGUACAAGUUGUGCAAAGUGAGGAAGAUUACGGUGGGAAUAAAGGGAAUCCCUCACUUGGUGACUCAUGAUGCUCGUACCAUCCGCUACCCAGAUCCUCUCAUUAAGGUGAAUGAUACUGUGCAGAUUGAUUUAGGGACUGGCAAGAUAAUCAACUUUAUCAAAUUUGACACGGGUAAGUUUUUUUUUUUUUCUCUUAUGUUCUGGGAUCCCCAGUGUAAUCCAUUUCAGCACAACAACUGGGAAUCCCUGCUGCAAAUAAAGGAAGACAUGGCAAGUAUGCAGCUAGUUCUUUCAGGCAAGGACUUGGCAGUUAAAGCAGAAGAUAGAAAAGAAAUUUUAGAAGAGGCAGGGGAAAAUCAGCACAUUUCAGUUGUGGAGAAGAGCAACGAGGAAAAUUAA